ACCAGAAGGCUAUCCAGAGAUGAUUUCAAAUGAAGAAGGCAGUAGAGAUGGAAAACAAUUUCAACAAAGCACAAGAAGCAAAGGAUCUGUCUCCACGAUCAGAGUUGGGUCCAGAAAUCUUCCACUGUAUCCACUUGUUAUCGUGUGUUUAGGACUGCUGAACACUAUCCUGCUGUUAACUUCUAUUGUUAUUGGGAUUUACUGUGGCAAAGUCAGUGAGGAAUCCACUCACCAUCAAGUAGGCCUAACAGAAGAAUCACUCUUAGUAGAAGUGAAUCAACUUCUGAUAAUUAAGAAUGAAGCUUUAAUGGCUCAAAAAACUGCUGAACAAACAUUACAGCAAGCGUUCAGGAAACACCAGCAACUUAAACUGCAGCUAGAGCAGAACAAGACCGUCAGUGACAGGUUUGAGAGGCAGCUUGAGAUACUACGAGUGGAGAAGGCAACACUAAAGUCCAAAUCAUCUGAUUUGUUGGAAAACUGUGGACGAUGCCUCCCAGGAUGGCUUUUAUUAAACACAUCGUGCUACUUCCAUGCUAAAAAACCAUUCAAUCCCUCAAUGACCUGGGGAUCCAGCAGAACAGACUGUAUCAGCCGUGGGGCCGACCUUGCUGUGAUUGAUACCUGGGAAGAGCAGGUAAAUAUUUUUGAGCAUCUGGUAAAACUGGAGACACGCUAUCGAUCAUCAUGGAAAUCGUCUGUGGGAAUUUGGAUUGGCCUUACGGAUAUUCAAACAGAGGGCACUUGGGUGUGGGUGAAUAAUGUGACUCUGGAUAGAGGGUACUGGAUGCAAGGGGAGCCCAACAACAAUCAAGCAGACAGUGAGGACUGUGCAGCACUUAGGAACAAGGACAGUACCAUGAGAACGUGGUUUGGGGUAAAUUGCCAAGUGCGCAAGGAAUGGUUAUGCGAAAUGGCACCCAGCAAUUCAGGCUGACUUUAAGUGUCAAACAAAUCAUCAUAUGAGGAGAGAGGACAAAAACCCAGUUGUCCUUCAAAGCAAAAUGUGUUGUUUGUUGAUUAUUUACCCAUGAAUAAACACAUUGAUUACAUAUAAACAACAGUGGCUCUUCACUGCAGUUGUGCUUUAACAGAAAGCAGGCUUAAACCAACGAGGGACUUGACGGCUUAUUAUACAUAUACAUAUACAUAUACAUAUACAUAUACAUAUACAUAUACAUAUACAUUUACAUAUAAUUAGUUUUUACCCUGGCAAAUCUAAAACAGCAACUUUAAUAACAAUUCACCCAGAUUUGGAUUUUGUAAAGUUAAAUCACAAUAGAGUACUGCAGGGAUGACAUAUUUUUGUAGGCUAACCUGGAAGUUAGCAUCACCUAGUUCCCUCGACAAGAAGCCAAUGGGAUUUUUUACAUUGGUUUUUGAAUUACUGCAGAAAAUAAUAUGAUAUGUAGCCUUCAUGUUUUGCUCAGCAAGAUAAUCUUGAACACCACUUUUAUGAUUUUUGAAGCCUAAAUACAAUCGCCGUAUC